AUGAUUCCCAAACGUGAUCCCCAGAAUGUACAGGCGUGGUUGGUUGGUAGCGGUAUCGCAUCACUCGCUGCCGCGGUACAUUUGAUCAACAAGGCCAAGGUCCCACCGAAUCAAAUUCACAUCCUUGACGCCCAUCAUGCCUCUGGUGGAGCAAUGGAGACCUCUGGUGACGAGAAAAACGGAUACAUUCUUCACACGGGUGCCCAGCCUUAUUUUUACGAGCAGUGUGUGAAAGACCUGCUUGCAAUGGUACCCAGUCACGAAUCCCCUGAUAAGAAUCUCUGGGAAGUAAUCAGGGAACAUGGCAAUGACAAUAGACCGAUGAACAAAGCCCAUACCCGUGCAGUCAGUCAGAGUGAGGAUGGGAUGCGUAAAGUUGAUAUGCAUGCGCUCCCGAUCGGUGCGAAGCUUCGCAUGGAUUUGAUCAAGUUCAUUGUGGAGAGCGAGAGGUAUCUUGAGUCGAAAAGGAUCAGUGACGUGUUUGAUAAGAGCUUUUUCGAGUCUGGAUUCUGGAAUUUGUGGUCAACAACCUUUCUGCUUCAAGAGUGGCAUAGUGCAGUUGAGUUCCAUCGACUACUCAGUAAAUGGCUUCCGGAACUCCACACCCACAAUGAUGUGCGCGAAAUGGAAAGGACCCCUUUUACUCUCUUCGAAUCUCUGAUUGCUCCGAUCACCACUUAUUUGAAGGAACAAGGGGUUGACUUCCGGUUCAAUAUAAUGGUCACCGACCUCAAAUCAUACCCAAGCAGUGACCCAACAACUAUCUCGGAGCUUGUCCUGCUGGAAAACGGUCAUGAGCUUCUCAUUACCAUCGACCCUGUCGACAUCCUCAUCAUAACAUUAGGGUCAGUGGCCACCGGUAUGCAGACAGGAUCUAACAAGGAACCUCCACCGCCACUAUCAUCUCCCUUCAUGGACAUCAUGAAUAGUGGGGAGUGGUCAUUGUGGCAGAAGCUCGAGAAACAGUCUACCAAGUUUGGAAAUCCUGCCAACUUCUCCAACCGACUGAGCGAGUCCCAGAUCGAGACUUUUACCGUCACCUUGCACGAUGCGGACUUCAUGCACCACUACGCCCAUUUGACGCGUGAUAAGCCGGGUACGGGCGCCCUACUCACAAUUCAAGACAGUCCCUGGGGCCUGACCAUCAGCGUUCCUCACCAACCAGUCUUUGCGACGCAGCCUAAAUCUGUUCAUGUCAUAUGGGGCUAUGGUCUUCAACCUGAGCGCGUUGGGAAAUACAUUAAGAAGCCAAUGCUUCGAUGCUCUGGCGAAGAGAUUCUACGUGAGCUUCUUUCCCACUUGGGAUUUCCCUGUGAUUCUCUGAUUUCGUCGUCUAUCACUAUUCCAUGUUUGAUCCCCUUGGGGACUUCCAUGCUUUUGUCUCGUGGACUCCAUGACCGUCCGAAUGUGAUCCCCCAUGGUAACACGAACUUGGGUCUUAUUGGUCAAUAUGUUGAGAUCCCUGCGGAUGCAGCUUGCAGCUUGGAAUACAGUGUCCGUGGAGCCCAGCUCGCAGUGGCCACUUUGAUGGACCUACCUGAUCGACCUCCAAAGGUUGGAAGAAAUAAGUUCUUGGAAGUUUUGGAGUUGUUGUGGUGA